AUGGGACCUUUAGUUGUUGUAUCGCCGGAGGUUGAGGAGGCAAGAAAACGUGCUAGCGUUUACUUCGCACCGUGCGUAGGUAUUCAGGCCACGCCAGCGAAACUGCCGUCGGGGAGAGGAGCGCCUACCGUAAUAGUGUGCGACCCGGUUUCAGAAGUAGACGGGACUUGUAUGGUGGUUGUGCGGCUUCAGCGCGAAUUCCAAGGGGCUGUAGAACCCAAGAAUUCUGUUUCAGGGUUCAUGGUUGUAGCGGAGUGGGUCGCUGUUUUCCCACCUUCGUAUCCGGCGGCUCCCUGCAGCUGGCGCUACGCCAAGGACGGUUGCGUACAAGGCAGCGAGCAUGAUAGCGGGGGUGGUGCCAACAGAUGCUGUGGGUUGCAGUCGUUUGUCUUAGAGGAAGCUAUAUCGAAACUCACUGCGCCAAAACUGUCACACAAUGGGGGUUGCAAUGAUACUGUUGAGAACGCUGCGGACUACUACGGCAAAUUGCGGUAUGGCUGCUCGCGACUCACAUCACUGAGGCCUGUGGAUGCCUCGGGUUCGUCGACAGAGGUAUCCAUGGACGCUGGGGCAGUGGGACGUGGUGUUGAGCAGGCGACUGGGUCAUUGUUUCUGUCUGGUUUCUCUUUUCUCUGCACUUGGUGGGGGGCCUUGGAACUGGACGAGAGUUGCUUAGUGCUUGAGCGUGACUGCGUGCACUCGGGAAGCACGACGGCAUUAUACGAGGAAAGUAAUGGUUGGUCACUGCGGGAUGAUUUUGUUGGGCAUUUUGAAGACUUCAUGGGGAGUAAUAUGGUUCUGAGGCCGAAGCGUCAGUUUGCCGCCGCAUUCAUGCCGAACGGCGGAAUCCUUUCAUGGGGACGCUCAGACCGAUCGGAAGCAAAAGGAAUUGAUGAUCGCUCUGCAUCUGCAUCUCUUGCAAAGGGAAGACCACAUCCCGAUGCGACGUCUUCAGGUGGCUUUUCGUCGUCUUCACCGCUUUUCAACCGCGGGUGUGGUAAUACAGAAUGUGGGGACGGUAUCGAUGGAAACACGAUUGGUUUGACAGGUGUGGCUGGUGUUUUUUCGCACGGACCCGAUAGCCAAUCGGUCCAGGGGCGGAUUUUUUUGACUAAUUCUGCACUUGACCUAUCUGUGGUGCCAAAGGGGGUAAGUAAAGAAAGGAGGAUGCUACUUCCUUCACUAUUAGCACCGGAAAAUAUACUGCAUACGAAAAAAUAUACGAUGAAUGAUGUGUGCCUGUAUGACGAUAAACCCCAUUCCGCCUUAUGCAAGAACGCUCAUAUAACACGUAACGCCAAAGCGCUUCGCGGGGUAUCGCUGACGUUUCGCACGUUGUCCCAUAUCGUGAAGGGAGCGCUGGUAGUGCAGACACCUCUGCUCUGUGCUCGAAAACUCCUCAUACCAGCUCUUGCUCAAUCCGUGGAGACGAUGCAGGCACAGCGGCAACCCUUUUGGGCGGGUGUAGUCGUCUGUUGUGUUGUACUUCCCUCCAUAUUAAGUGAGGAACCGGCGUUUCCAGACAUUGCAAAGCAUCUGAUUCAUCCGGUAGAGUGCUAUCGCUGUGUGUCUGUUGUUUCUCAUGUAUUCUUUAUCAUGGAUCAGCCUGUAAAGUUCCGUGAGGUAGAACUUGUCAUGAGCGCUAUUGAGACCGCCUAUUGUAAUGCUACCCUAAAUCAACAACUACACAUGGCCAGCAGGAGUUCACCAAUUAAUGCGUAUGGUGAUAGCGGUAGCGGAGGCCCUGGCACUGUUGGAGCGAAGGACAAGGACCUAAGCCCAGCUUUACUACCAACAGACACAUGUGCUAUUUGUGGUCUCUCGCUAUUACCGGGCGGGCAAGGACAUGGGAGUGGUGGAGCUGAAGGAGGCGCCACACCGCCUCCUUCAAGCAAGAGGAAUGGCUGCCUCAUUUUGCGUUGUAUUUACUGCGGUCAUGGGGGGCACAUGUCGCAUAUUAUGGCGUGGUGGAAUGACCAGAGUGUGCACCGUUGCCCCAGGGGAUGUAACUGUGUUUGUGUCUACUGA